AUGGCGGAGGGUGUUGUUGGGCUGGUGGUGGCAACGCUCGGCACGGCACUGGCGACAGAGGCGGCGACCUUCGGCUGGUCGCUGCUACGCAAGGAAGCCGCCGCCAUCAGGGACGUCUUUGGCAAGAUCCGCCGGUCCAAGGCGGAGCUGGAGAGCAUGCAGGCCUACCUGCACAAGGCGGAGCGGUUCAAGGACACCGACAGGACCACCAACAUCUUCGUUGGCGAGAUCAGGGGCCUGGCCUUCCAGAUCGAGGACGUCGUCGACGAGUUCACCUACAAGCUGGAGGACUGCAAGCACGGAGGGUUCACCAGCAAGAUAAAGAAGCGGCUCAUGCAUAUCAAGACCUGGUACCGCCUGGCAAACAAGCUCAAAGAAAUCGAAGGGAAGCUGCAGGAUGCCAAUCGGAGGAAGGAGGAUUACGCCGACAGGACUUCUUCUGCUGCCAGAUCGACGAGUCAAGGUCAAGCUCUGCACUUCACCAAAGAUGAGGAUCUUGUGGGGAUCGAGGAGAAUAAGAAUAAGUUGGUACAUUGGCUGACCGCUGGUAGUGGUGAUGGUGAUGAUUUGGAGCGGAGCAGCAGUAAAGUUAUCACGAUAUGGGGAAUGCCUGGUGUUGGUAAAACCACUCUGGUUGCUCAUGUGUACAACAUGUUGAAAUUGGAUUUUGACGCCGCAGGGUGGGUAACCAUGUCGAAGAGUUACUGCCUCAAAGAUCGGCUGAAGAAGAUAGCCGCGGAGUUCGGCAUCGCAGUUGAUGUGGCCACCAGUGAGAUGAGAGGCCUAGCAGAGUCCAUCCAUAACUACCUUCAAGGUAAAAAUUCCAUCGUGGUCCUGGAUGAUGUUUGGACUCCGCUUGUGUGGUCAGAGAUAAGGAAUGUCUUUCCAACAUCUAAUUGUACCGGCCGAUUUGUUAUCACAUCAAGAAAGCAUGAAGUGUCACUGUUAGCAACUAGGGAGUCUGCAAUUCACUUGGAACCGCUACAAGCAUAUCAGUCCUGGGUGUUGUUCUGCAAAGAGGCCUUUUGGAAUAAUGAUGACAAAGAGUGCCCGUUGGAGUUGCAAGAAUUGGCCCGGAAGUUAGUAGCAAAGUGUCAAGGCUUGCCUAUUGCAAUUGCAUGCAUUGGCCGCCUACUCUCCUGGAAACAACCAACUUUUGCUGAAUGGGAGGAUGUGUAUAGGGGUUUGGAUUCGCAGUUCGCGAAAGAUGUGAUCCCUGAUGCUCAUAUGAUCCUAAAGGUCAGCUUGGAGGACCUUUCAUAUGAUAAGAAGAAUUGUUUCUUACAUUGUGCAUUAUGCCCAGAAGAUCAUGUAUUAAAGAGGAGGAAGGUAAUGAGGCAGUGGAUUACGGCAGGGUUUAUCAGGGAAAAGGAAGAGAACAAAACAUUGGAGGAAGUGGCAGAGGGCUACUUAGCCGAGCUUGUGAAUCGAAGUCUACUGCAGGUAGUGAAGAGGAAUCAUGCCGGGCGACUAAAACACUGCCGGAUGCAUGAUGUCAUACGCCUACUUGCCCUCAACAAAGCCAAGGAAGAAUGCUUUGCAAAAUUCUAUAAUAGCUCUGCUUCUGGGGCACUCUCCGUAGAGGGUGCACGUCGCAUAUCUGUUCAGGGUGAACACAUUGAACAACUAAGCCGUUCUGGUGCAACACAUCUCCGUGUGCUCCAUGUGUUAGGGAGGUGUAUCAAUGUUGAUUUUUUGAAGCCUAUUCUAACAUCUUCGAAAUUUCUGUCGACCUUGGAUCUGGAAGGUACUCAUAUCAAAAUGCUGCCCAAUGAAGUAUUCGACUUGUUUAACCUGCGUUAUUUGGGUCUUAGAGAUACCAAGAUUGAAAGCCUGCCUGAAGCAGUUGGGAGGUUACAAAACUUGGAAGUCUUGGAUGCUUGUGAAUCUAAGCUGGCGUAUUUGCCAAACAAUGUUGUUAAACUACAAAAGUUGGGAUACCUAGGUGCCUAUUGGCAUACAGCACAUGACAGCACUGCGCUCUCUCCAGUGCAUCAAAGCCACUCCAGAGUUUCUGUGUGA